AGAGGCGGGGCCUCGGCCGUAAAGCGGCGGGGCGUGCUCCCCUCACGUGGGGACUGGACGCCCGCUCCUGCUCAAGCUUGCCCUUGGAGGCGCUUGGCCACCGGCAGGUGAGCUGCCAUGGCGGGGCCGGUGUGCAGCGGCGCCGGUGGCGGCGGAGCCAAGGCCCUGGACCUUCUGCGCUCUCUGCCGCGUGUCAGCCUGGCCAACCUGAAGCCCAGCCCUGGCUCCAAAAAACCGGAUCGACAAAGAAGAGGCCGGAGAAGGGGCAGAAAAUGUGGACGAGGACACAAAGGAGAAAGGCAGAGAGGAACCAGGCCUCGGCUAGGGUUUGAGGGAGGUCAGACCCCAUUUUAUCUUCGCAUCCCAAAGUAUGGAUUUAAUGAAGGACACAGCUUUAGGCGUCAGUACCAUCCUUUGAGUCUCAAUAGACUACAGUACUUGAUCGAUUUAGGACGAGUAGAUCCUACCCAACCUAUUGAUUUAACCCAACUGGUCAAUGGAAGAGGUGUGACAAUUCAGCCACUUAAAAGGGAUUAUGGUGUACAGCUGGUGGAAGAGGGUGCUGAUACCUUUAAGGCUAAAAUUAAUAUUGAAGUUCAGAUGGCUUCAGAGUUAGCCAUAGCUGCAAUUGAAAGAAAUGGUGGUGUUAUUACUACAGCAUUUUAUGAUCCAAGAAGCCUGGAGAUUCUCUGCAAACCUGUACCAUUUUUUCUUCGUGGAAAACCUAUUCCCAAGCGAAUGCUCCCACCUGAAGAAUUGGUGCCAUACUACACUGAUGCCAGGAACCGCGGCUACCUGGCAGAUCCAGCCCAGUUUCCUGAAGCAAGACUUGAACUAGCCAAGAAAUAUGGUUACAUUUUACCUGACAUCACUAAGGAUGAACUCUUCAAAAUGCUGAGUACUCGAAAGGAUCCAAGGCAGAUUUUCUUUGGUCUUGCUCCAGGUUGGGUAGUAAAUAUGGCUGAAAAGAAAAUCUUGAAGCCCACAGAUGAAAACCUCCUUAAAUACUAUAGCUCAUAAAUUCUAAACUUAGAGAAAAAAAGUAGUCUCAGGAAUAAUGGAAAAAUGAGCCUAGAAUGCUCACAGUUUCUUGUUUCAUUUUCCUGUUCUACCAGGCUCAAAAUGUUGGGUGCUGGGUUUUAGCAUAAUGCAUUUUUCCUUUUUUUUUUUACUACAUAAAAUAAAAAUAAAAUGUCUAUGGGAAACCAUAUUGGACAAAACUUAAGUCUGUGUACCAUGAAGAAACAUACAGAAACCCACUUUUGCAGAAUAGACUUUGGAGAUCAGACAUGUAUCCCGAAAGCUUUUAAGCAGUCAGAAGAAAUUAUUUACUCAGAAAUUUUCUUGCCUGCCUCAUUUUGUCCUCUUUACUGUUGCAUAUCAUGGAGAGUGCUUAUGUCAAGUGUCAUUGACCCGUAGGCUGAUUUAGUGAGGGUUCAAGCACCUGAAGCCACUAUUAGACAUUCUCUGAGAUAAAUUCCAACUCUAGCAGUUGGUAGUCAAAGUUUGAGUUUUUAUUUAGGAAAAUUCAAGUCAUUAGUGUGCACAGUAUUUGUGGAAAUAUUUUUAAUGAAUUAUCUCUCAUUGACCUUAUACCUUUUCACUGCUGAUUAAACUACAGCACAAAUUUUAAGUGACAGACCAAACAAACAGCAAAAGUGGAGACAGUGCAGAACGAUUGAAUUUUUUGUUCAAUAUACUGUCCAGUGUCUAAAAAUGACAAAAUUCUUAAAGUGUAUAUGCAUACUUAUCUGAUAAAUUUUUCUUUUGUGGGGAUUACUUUGUCAGUCUUAGCUUGCAAGUUUAAAAAGGCUGAAAUAAGGCGAUGCUAUAAUGCUUUCCCUUAGGGGAGAUUGGAAACUUUUCCAACGUUCCAUUUUUGAAGUACUUAAGUUACCUUAUUUUUUUAUACCUUCUUUUCUCAACUUUCUGAUAUGCCCUUUGACUCGAAAAUUUUAUGCUAGUUAAUUUUAAGCCAUUUACCCUGCAGGGUAAAUGUAAACUAAGGCAUCAUUUUAAAUGUGUUGACUGAGAAGAAAACAUAUUUGCUUUUGAAUUAUUUGCACAGAAAUUAAAUUCUUCCAUAUUGUA